AUGGCCACCUCAACGACCACCGACCCCGGCACCGAGGCCGACGUGCAAAAGGUCAAGACGCAGCGGGCGCGAUGGGCCACCCGCAAGAUGACGGUCAAGAGCGGCCGUACAAAGCGCAUGUCCCUCCUGAACCGCAUGCAGCACCGGAGGACCGCCUCGAAUGAGAAGAAUCACCCGGGCGGAGACGACGGCAACGAGCCGCCGCUGGGCGACCACGAUCCCAACGACGGGGACAAUCACGAUGACGGCGGUUCCGAGUCGGAGGACGACGAGGAUCACCAGAGCCGCACUCUCUACUUCAACCUCCCCCUCCCAGAUGACAUGCUCGAGGAAGGGCAUCCUAUAUACACGUUUCCGCGGAACAAGAUCAGGACGGCAAAGUACACACCACUGUCGUUUGUGCCCAAGAACCUGUGGUUUCAGUUCCACAAUGUGGCCAACAUCUUCUUCUUGUUCCUCGUCAUCCUCGUCAUUUUCCCCAUCUUUGGUGGUGUGAACCCGGGCCUCAACGCCGUGCCCCUGAUCUUCAUCAUUGUCGUGACGGCCAUCAAGGACGCCAUCGAGGACUACCGGAGAACGAUCCUCGACAUUGAGCUGAACAACGCGCCGGUCCACCGUCUGCACCACUGGAACAAUGUCAAUGUCGAGACGGACAACGUCUCUGACUGGCGCAAGUUCAAAAAGGCCACCUCCCAGUUCUUUGGCAGCAUAUGGCACGCCAUUGAGAGUCUUUGGUCUAAGAAGGCCAGAACUGCCAGGCAGGAGCGCAAGAUGCGCAAGCUGAAUCCUCCGGAGGAAAGCGAGGGCCGUCCGUCGAUCGAGACAAUCCGCACCAGGCGCUCGGUGCGUGAGUCGCUCUCGUCGCCAUUCACCAACCGCGACUCGUACGUGUCUGCCCGCGAGGACAUCCAGAUGACGCCCGUGCCAUCCCCGACGCCUGCCAACGGCGCCAUCCGCAUUGAGCUGCCCGACACCCAGGACGCCAAGCGUGCGAUCGCCCUGCAGGAUAUGAAGUCGGACGUCAUCAACUAUCUUCACGCGCCGCAGGGUGCCAAGUUUAAGAAGGACGCUUGGAAGAACCUCGUUGUCGGCGACUUUGUCCGCAUCUACAACGACGACGAGUUGCCCGCGGAUGUCAUCAUCCUCGCCACGUCCGACCCGGACGGCGCCUGCUAUGUGGAGACCAAGAACCUGGACGGUGAGACCAACCUCAAGGUCCGCCAGGCCCUUCGUUGCGGCAGGAAGCUCAGACACGCCCGCGACUGCGAGAGAGCCGAGUUCGUCAUCGAGAGCGAGCCUCCGCAACCGAAUCUCUACAAAUACAACGGCGCCAUUCGAUGGCAGCAGCUGGUGCCCGGCUUCCACGACGACGAACCCGAGGACAUGCAGGAGCCCAUCACCAUCGACAACCUGCUCCUCCGAGGAUGCAACCUUCGAAACACGGAGUGGGUCCUGGGAGUCGUCGUGUACACGGGCCACGACACCAAGAUCAUGAUGAACGCCGGCAUCACGCCCAGCAAGCGGUCUCGAAUCGCUCGAGAGAUGAACUUCAACGUCAUUUGCAAUUUUGGCAUCCUCCUCAUCAUGUGUCUGCUCGCGGCCAUCGUCAACGGCGUGGCCUGGGCAAAGACGGACGCCUCGCUGUACUUUUUCGAUUUCGGGUCGAUUGGUGGCACCGCCCCUAUGAGUGGCUUCAUCACAUUCUGGGCCGCCAUCAUUGUCUUCCAGAACUUGGUUCCCAUCUCCCUGUACAUCACCCUCGAAAUCGUCCGCACGCUCCAGGCCAUCUUCAUCUUCAGCGACGUGGAGAUGUACUACGAGAAGAUUGACCAGCCGUGCAUUCCCAAGUCGUGGAACAUUUCCGACGACGUGGGCCAGAUCGAGUACAUCUUCUCCGACAAGACCGGCACACUCACCCAAAACGUCAUGGAGUUCAAGAAGGCGACCAUCAACGGGCAGCCGUACGGCGAGGCCUACACCGAGGCGCAGGCCGGCAUGCAGAAGCGGUUGGGCGUCGACGUGGAGAAGGAAGGGCAGAGGAUCCACGCCGAGAUUGCCGAGGCCAAGACCAAGGCGCUGGCGGGGCUUCGAAGCAUCAACGACAACCCGUACCUUCACGACGAGGACGUCACGUUCAUCGCCCCGGAUUUCGUCGCGGACAUGGCUGGCGAGUCUGGACCGGAACAGAAGGCGGCAAACGACGACUUUAUGCUGGCCUUGGCGCUGUGCCACACGGUCAUUGCUGAGAGAGCCCCCGGUGACCCGCCCAAGAUGGUGUUCAAGGCCCAGUCGCCCGACGAGGAGGCUCUCGUCGCCACCGCGCGCGACAUGGGCUUCGUGGUCCUGGGCAACUCGAGCGACGCCAUCAACCUCAGCAUCCAUGGCGAGGAGCGUCACUACCCGCUUCUCAACACCAUCGAGUUCAACUCUAGCAGGAAGAGGAUGAGCUCCAUUGUGCGCAUGCCCGACGGGCGCAUCAUCCUGUACUGCAAAGGCGCCGACUCGGUCAUUUACGCUCGGUUGAAGCGCGGCGAGCAGCAGCAGCUGAGGCGGGACACUGCCGAGCACCUCGAGAUGUUUGCUCGGGAGGGUCUGCGGACGCUCUGCAUCGCCAAGAAGGAGCUGACGGAGCAGGAAUACCGAGAUUGGAAGAAGGAGCACGACGCCGCAGCGGCCGCCCUCGAGAACCGCGAAGAAAAGCUUGAGUCGGUUGCCGAGCUCAUCGAGCAGGACCUUUACCUCCUCGGCGGCACCGCCAUCGAGGAUCGCCUCCAGGACGGCGUGCCUGACACCAUUGCCCUGCUCGGCCAGGCCGGCAUCAAGCUCUGGGUGCUGACGGGCGACAAGGUGGAGACGGCCAUCAACAUUGGCUUCUCAUGCAACCUGCUCAACAACGACAUGGAGCUGGUGCACAUGAAGGUCGAUGAGGAUGAGACGGGCGAGACGAGCGAUGAGAUGUUCCUCGCAUCGACGGAGCAGCUUCUCGACCAGAACCUGCAGCUGUUCGGCCUCACGGGCGACGACAACGACCUUGCCGCGGCCAAGAAGAGCCAUGAGCCGCCGGCCCCCACGCACGGCAUCGUCAUCGACGGCUUCACCCUGCGAUGGGCGCUCCAUGACCAGCUCAAGCAAAAGUUCCUGAUCCUCUGCAAGCAGUGCAAGUCGGUUUUGUGCUGUCGUGUCAGCCCCGCGCAAAAGGCCGCCGUCGUCGCCAUGGUCAAGAACGGUCUGGAUGUCAUGACCCUGUCCAUCGGCGACGGAGCCAACGACGUGGCCAUGAUCCAGGAGGCUGAUGUCGGCGUGGGCAUCGCAGGCGUCGAGGGUCGCCAGGCGGCCAUGUCGUCCGACUACGCCAUCGCGCAGUUCCGAUUCCUGCAGAGGCUGGUGCUGGUCCACGGCCGCUGGUCCUACCGCCGCCUGGCCGAGAGCAUCAGCAACUUCUUCUACAAGAACAUGGUCUGGACGUUCAGCAUCUUUUGGUUCGAGAUCUUCUGCGAUUUUGACAUCACGUACCUGUUCGACUACACCUACAUUCUCAUGUUCAACCUGUUCUUCACCUCGGUGCCCGUCGGCAUCAUGGGUGUGUUGGACCAGGACGUGUCGGACAAGGUGUCGUUGGCUGUGCCGGAGCUGUAUCGCCGCGGCAUCGAGCGGCUGGAGUGGACACAGCGCAAGUUCUGGCUCUACAUGAUUGACGGGGUCUACCAGUCCGUCAUGGUCUUCUUCAUCCCCUACCUGCUGUUCAUUCCCUCCAGGCCGGUGACGUUCAACGGUCUGGGCGUCGAGGACAGGCUGCGCUUCGGCGCUUACAUUGCCCACCCCGCCGUGUUGACCAUCAACGGAUACAUUCUGAUCAACACGUACCGGUGGGACUGGAUCAUGCUGCUCAUCGUGGCCAUUAGCGACCUGUUCAUCUUCUUCUGGACGGGCGUCUACACGUCGUUUACGUCGUCGGGCAUGUUCUACCAUACUGCGGCGCAGGUGUACGGCGAGGCGACGUUCUGGGCCGUCUUCUUCAUCGUGCCCGUCAUCUGCCUCUUCCCUCGCUUCGCCAUCAAGGCGCUCCAGAAGGUGUACUGGCCGUACGAUGUCGACAUCAUCCGAGAGCAGGAGAAGAUGGGCAAGUUUGCGCACCUGACGGCAAAGGACGGGGCGGACAAGACGAUCAACGGCAGCGACGCCAAGAGCCAACAGUCGUCGGACAGCAGCAAGAAGCCAUCCAAGCACAUAGCCUACGGCAGCGUGGACGAGGACCUGCGGCCCAUCUACCCGCCGUCGACGGCGACGCGGACGACGACGCACAACCGGACGCAGAACGGCAGCGACUCGACCAACUACACGGGCAACCGAACGUCGCUCGACAUCGCACCGGCACAGCGGACGUCGCUGGACGUGCCGGCGCACGGGCGGCCGUCGAUGGACAGGGCGCGCCCGUCGUAUGACCGGAUGCGCAUGUCCAUGGACCGGGUCCGCGCUAGCUACGAGGCCAGCAGCGACUUCACGUCUGCGGCGCGGCUGUCUCGCAUCGAGUCGAGUGCGAGCCAGCAGCAGCACGGGGCUGGGCGGCUCAGAGCCAGGCUGCGCGGGCUGUCGCUAACGAAGAGUGCGAACUAUUAG